AUGGCAGAAAACAAGCAAAAGAUAACGAACAAAAAACAAUUCGAGCUGAUGGUUGGCAUACUGGAGAAGAAUCCGACAGUGGCCAAGGGAUUGAAAUUCGCAGAGUGCUCUGGUAUAGGCAGAGGACACUUCAACAAUGUAUGGAGUGACAUCACUGCAACGCUUAAUAGCGCGGGUCCGCCAAUCAGGAAAACGCAGGAGUGGCAAAAGGUGUGGAGCGAUCUCAAACAAAAAAUUAAAAAGAAGCUCCAGCAUAACCAGACUGAAGCGAGAGCUACCGGGGGAGGACCAAAUCGUAUUGUGAUUUUGUCAUCAUAUGAAGAGACAGUGGCAAAUUUAUUGUCCUUCCAAAAAACUAUUGACCAUGAAGGUCCCUCUUUCGGUCUGAAUUUAAGCGUAUCACCAGAGCCACAAUCAUCAAACGCGUGUGAAAUGUCACUGGAUGGAGAAAAUGAUGAAAAUUUGGAAGUGGCUAGAGGUGAAUCGAUUGAUGUGCCAAUAGCGAUUACUCCUGUAAUUUCCAGUCGUCCAUCGUCUAGAAACUACAGGCAUAAAUUGCUGGAACAACAAUCCGAUUACCUUCGAGUACUGGUGGAAAAUAGUCGCGAGAGUCAUCAGCUGCAGAAGGAAGCACUAGAGCUUCAAAAAGAAAAAUUCAUAUUUAAAAAGGAAAAUUUUGCUCGUGCAGAAAAAUACAAAGCAGACGAGUUGCAAUUUCAUCUACAAGUUCUUGAAUACAAGAAAAUGAAGUUGGAAUUGCAGCGCUCUCAAGUGAAUGAAAAUAGAAAAUAA